UCGUGCCUUAUCUUUUAAACUCUUGUUGUAAAUCUAUUUCUCUCUCUUACCUCAACCGAGGAUUCUUUUCUCACGUGGUGGUUUGAAGACGAAAAGAUUUGAAGACCGUUUGGAGAAAUCUAAAAGAAUGGAGAUAGCCCGAAGUUCUAGUGCCCGGAAGCCAGUGGGAGCUAUCGUUUUUUUUCUUUUAGGGGCCACAAUCAUUACACGUUUAUUUAUUGCGUUUUGUGAAUGCAUGUUGAAUGUAUGUUGAACGCUAGUAAUGGACAUGUGCGCGGCCAUGUCGAUAGGUGAGAUCGAAAUUAUAAAUCCCUCACGAAUAUUAAGUCUGUUGCCUUCUGACGCCCGGCACCUAUCUGGCUAAUGUGCACUGUCUUGUACUCAGCCUCAGCAGAGCAUAGUACGGUGUAUGUUAAGCUGGUUACGGGAACCGCCAUAGCGUGGUCUCUGUCGCACGUUGGGUUAGACUUAACUGACUCUCGGUCAAAUGGAUGGAUGACUCAGAGGCAGUAAGUUGGGGUCAUCAAUGACAAGUCGGAUGAUUUUACUCACUCAUCCAGCCAGGAGUUGGAUCUUUAUGAUUUAAUUGGAACUCUGUUCCUAACCAAAGUAGUAUGCUUGUAAGACGUGCCUCAGCCAAUUACAAGUAUGGUGAAAAGGUGUCCUGGUCCGAUUGUAGUAAUAUUGUUCGCCCAACACCAGACCAAGAGCUGAGAGCCCGGCUCAUCAGUUGAAACUAUGUUCCUACCUAAAUAGUUGUCUUGUGGAGUAACGCCCAAGCGGAACGCAAGAUAAUGAAAUAUGGAUCUUGGCCCUCUAGAGGUUUCGCCGGAAAUCUCCGAAUCAAUAUCGAGGGUUAUUGAUUUGUUAAGAAUAGUGGGAGAUAAUUAAUUAAAGGCCUAAUUAAUUAUUAAACAUGAUAGAUAACCUAUUUUGCAAAAUUUUCUGUAGAUGGCAAACAACAACAACCCUUUCAACCUGCGAUAUGUUCUAGAAAAGGAUAAAUUAUCUGGAACUAACUUUCUUGAUUGGGAGAUGAAUCUUUAGAUUGUUCUCGAAUGCGAGAAAAAGCUUUACGUCCUAACAUCUGAGCCUCCCAAAUCUCCUGAAGCGAACGCCCGUGCUACAGAAAUUACUUCGUACCGGAAGUAUGAAGAUGACGCACGUGAUGUGAGAUGUCUCAUGCUAGCCACCAUGACCCCGGAGUUCCAAAGGCUCCACAAGGACAUGGAAGCUCAUCCUAUGAUGACUCGCUUGAAAGGUCUAUACUAAGGCCAUGCUAGACAUGAACGUUUCAAAAUCUCUACGACUCUGUUUUCCAGUAAGCUGGCAAUGGGUAACCCAGUUGGUCCCCACGUUCUCAAGAUGAUCGGUCAGAUCGAAACUCUUGAAAAACUGGACGCCCCGUUGCACCCUAUGCUGGCAACUGAUCUCAUCUUGGGAUCAUUACCAGCUGAGUAUAGUCAAACUGUAGUGAACUUCUACAUGAACAAACUAGAGAUGACUAUGCCUGAGCUACUGAAAUUCCUCACAACUGCUGAGGAGAGUCUAGGGAAGGGCAAGGGUAAGUCUGUCCUGAUGGUAGAGGGUAGUACUGUUGCGAAGAAGAGUGGGCCACGUUCGCCGGCCGGGACCAAGCGCAAGAGUUCUAAGAAACCCAAGCCAGCGUCCAACUCCUCUUCGUUGAAACCCAAAGAAGGAGCUAAGAAGAAGUCUGCUAGGACACUAAAGGUCACUGAUGAAGAAGAUGUACAAGAAGAUGCUGAAUCUCUCCCUUUGCAACUCUUCCAAAGGACAUCAUCUCCUCAUCAGGUAACCAAUUUUCAUUUCCAUAGCUCUUCAACCCCUACCCUUCCGGAUGAGAUACCGGAAAUCUGGACAAAGAAGGUCCAAGGGCUGAUUGAAUCAGCCCUAGCAUCUCAACAUGCCUCCUUUAGGCAAGAGAUAGAGCUAAUGGAAGCCAAACACACUCAGCUGAUAGAGAAAUCUGAAGAGAAACACAGCGCUGAUCUCAAGGAGAUAAGUAAAUCAGUAGAAAAGACUCUAGAGAUCAUCUCUCUAUUGAGUAAAACUGUGAGCAAUACGAUGGAAAUAUACACCUCUGACAGUCAACUGCAAUUCAAUGAAUUCAACAAAGUCAAGGAGCAAAUAGCAAAUGUCACAGUUGGUCUACAAAAACAGAUGUCCCUUCUCCAAAUGGACAUCAGAUCAGCCCUAGCAAUAGCUUCAGCAAAUCAGGUAGUAACCAAAGAUUACUUGAAGGUGAUCAUUGACAAUCAAAAGGAAGCAUACAAGCUGUUCAGACUUAUUGGUGCACAUACUGGGAACCGCAAGAUGGAAGUAAUUCUCCAACAACACAAUCCAUCUCCAAUACCACAGCUCCCAAUUGCAGUCAACGAAGGAGAAGCAUCUUAUAUCCCUUCUCAUCUGAACAUGACAAAUUUAAUCCUUGAAGCACAGCAAAGAAAUCCGGAAAACUCAGCACAGCACCUAUCCAGCUCAGGACUGGAUGGAACAGAAUUCAUAGGUGCAGUUGCUGACCACUUCUCAGAUGCUACUCAAUCAGAAGAAAGGCGUGAAAACUUAAAGCGCAUCAAAGAACUGUGUGGGAACAUGCAGGGCAUCAGUGAGGUUGCCGGAUCUUCAAAACGCAAAAGGAACUGAAGGUUCUUUUCAUCAAACCAGGGGGAAAGUAUGUGAAAACACCAAUUUGUUUUGAUGAAAACACCUUCCUGCUUAAGCAUUGCUUGAUUGGUUUAAACAUUGCAACACUACUUCAACAAAUUUUAAUUGCACUUAUUAUGCUUGAUUAUGUUUAUCUCAAGUAUGAUUUUGUCUUAAUUAAUUUUUCUGAAGUGCAUACAUUCAGGGGGAAUGUAAUUCAGGGGGAACUUACCUAGUUUUGGCUAACAAUUGUUUUUGGCUAUGAAUUUUUGAUGAGCUCUAAGCAAUGGAAGUCAGAUAUCUCAGUUUUGGUACUAAAAUUGGAAAUCUCCGAUUCAGGUACUUUACAAAAUCUGCCUUCUUAAACUAAGAUUUAAUCUUUAAUUCAUUUCCAACUAGCUUUAAAAGUACUGGUCCUUAGGAUCUUUAUAA